AGGCGUACGAUUCGCUAGAUCCGAACGGGAACAUCACCAUAAAAUGGGAUCUUAAAGAGUGGACUCCUGAUGGUUAUGUUGCAAUGGUCACAAUAUACAACUACCAGCAGUUCCGGCACAUAUCUGCGCCCGGGUGGCAGCUGGGGUGGACCUGGGCCAAGAAGGAGGUCAUCUGGUCCAUGGUGGGGGCUCAGACCACCGAGCAGGGCGACUGCUCCAAGUUCAAGACCAACCCUCCCCAUUGCUGCAAGAGAGAUCCCACCGUCAUCGAUCUUCUCCCGGGGACGCCGUACAAAGACCAAGUCGGCAACUGCUGCAAGGGAGGGGUUAUAAGCACGUUUAACCAGGACCCGGCAAAUGCCGCCUCCUCCUUCCAGAUCAGUGUAGGCCUUUCUGGGACUACCAAUAAGACGGUUAAGCUGCCCAGAAACUUCACUCUUAAGACCCCGGGCCCGGGCUACACAUGCGGCCGUGCUACUGUUGUGAGGCCCACCAAGUUUCUCAUCGGUGACGGGCGCAGGACGACCCAAGCUCUUAUGACAUGGAAUGUAACCUGCACCUACUCCCAGUUUCUUGCUCAGAAGACCCCAACCUGCUGCGUAGCUCUCUCGUCGUUUUAUAACAACACUAUUGUGGGCUGCCCAACAUGCUCUUGCGGCUGCCAAAACAAUAACACUCAUCCAGGGAGCUGUGUAAAUCCCAACUCACCUUAUUUACAAUCCGCCAUCGAUGGCCCUGGCAAGUACACCGGCCAGCCUCUUGUCCAGUGCACUUCCCACAUGUGCCCGGUAAAAGUGCACUGGCAUGUGAAGCUCAACUACAAGGACUACUGGAGAGUCAAAGUAACCAUCACAAACUUCAACUACCGCAUGAAUUACACAGAUUGGAACCUGGUUGUCCAGCAUCCCAACUUCAACAACAUCACAAAGCUCUUCAGCUUCAACUACAAGCCGCUCUCCCCGUACGGAGGCCGCAUAAACGACAGCGCGAUGUUCUGGGGAAUGAAGUUCUACAAUGAUCUGCUCAACCAAGCCGGUCCGUUCGGAAACGCGCAGACGGAGAUACUUCUGCAGAAGGACCCGGAGACCUUCACCUUCGAGAAAGGGUGGGCCUUUCCGCGGCGUGUCUACUUCAACGGCGACAACUGCGUCAUGCCGCCUCCCGACGCCUAUCCGUGGCUGCCUAACGCGAGCCCUCCGAUGAAGCAACCGUGGACGCUCGAGCUCUUGGUGUUCUGGACCGCGCUGGCCGCCCUGCUGGCCUACUAUGUCUGAUGAGCGGUGUCGGCGAGCUUCUGUCGGGUUCCACGAGGUGCGCGGCGAAGGGUCAUCUGUUCAUUCGGUUCCACAGUUGCAUAUAAGAGACGGGGUGAGGAAUGCUGAUGUGUGUAUAUGUGUUCUGCUAAGUUAAAUAGGGCCAAAAAUUGUAGUGGCCGCAAAGCUUUGGUGAACUGAUCAAUUGAAUUGUAUGGCUGUAGUAAAUUAAAUGUAUGAGUUACAUAAUUAUGCUUGGGUGAAAUGGAGGGGAUGCUGUUGGUCA